AACCAAACUUCAUUAUUGUUAUUGUUUGUUUUUUGUGUAGUUUUGCUGAAACGUAACAGCGGUAGUUUUUUAAUAUCAAAUACUUAAUAAAAUUAUUUAAUAAGAUAACUAUGGAGCCUCCUUCACCAUGGAAAAAACCAAAUGAAGUUAUGCGACUACACAAAUUAAAAAAACGGAAGACGGCUUUGCAGGUUUUUUAAUUGUUAUUUUCUAUGAAGUCUUUUAUAAAAAAUAUAAAUGAAAUGUUUGUAUUGUGUUGACUAGCUAUUGCCAGAAACUCCAUGGAAUUCAUUUGCAGAUCUUUCAAAAUAGAAUUUUAAUAUAACCCUAUAAAUUUACAUAAAAAGAAUACAUGUCCUUAGUUAUUCAUUUAUAACUAUAGGCUACACAUAGUUCACUUAAUUCAAUUUCUCCGUUUUUUUAGACCAUUUGUCUACCUGACACUAAAUAGACACCCUUAAUAUACAAAUAAGUACUUUUUAAUUAUUAUCUUACUAUGUGUAUUUAUCUGUUAAAUGCUCUAUUUUAAGUCACUAGUAUAGUGAUAGGGAUGAGUUGUGCAAAAUAUAAACCUUAUCUUGUGUAUAAUAAAAAUCUAAAAAAUGUAUAAUUCUUUUAGGAGCGCAUGAAACAGCCAAUUGCAUCCAACAAUGAAGUAACAACAACAAACAAUAAACCAGUAGAUCUAGAUUUCUCGAGAAUUCUGAACGGUGGACAUGGAGACAAACGGAGGAAUCCUUUCUCUAAGUUUGUUGAAAAUUCAUACUUAUAACCUUUCUUUUAUAAUAACAAAUAAGAUCCCAACAUUUAAACUCUAUUUCAGAAAUGAUACUACACAUGCAAAUAAAAAAGUGAAAGUGGACACAGAUAUGUGUCUGGAUGAGUCUAAGGAUAAAACUCUGUUCACACUACUGAAGCUACCAGCAAAGGUACCACAGAAACCAGCACAGGAGAUUGACACUGAUAAACUAUCCACCUUCUCCAAUUUACUGCAGAAGUUCACUGCUGAACAUUCUGUAGAACCAUUGAUAGUAGAAAAGAAAUGCAAACAUUUGCCUAUUGAUUGGGCAUUAAAAAGUAGAUUACGAUUAAUGUCUCCUAAACCAUUUGCUUGGACAUCAAAACUAAAAGCCAGUGAGGAAGCCUCUGGUAUAACUGGAUUUGUCCGGUGCCUCGACACUACUUCAUCAUCAUCACUAGACACAUCACCCCGUGCCCUUUUUCACCAAACCUGUUUGUACUGGCAGCAUCCUCAUUUGCCCUGGCUUGAUUUAUACCCGAGGUCAUCAGGCAAAGUAGCUGCCACCAGCUUCAUGGCCACAAAUGAGGAAGUCAAAAAAGCCCUUCACAGAGAAUGGACAGAAAGUUUUAGAUCAUUGUUUCAGCUGCUACGGGCAUUACAUUGUCCGUAUUUCUACGUAUGUGCGAACACAUUUACCGUACUAUUCCGCGCGGCUGGACUCUGCGGCGUAUCGGAACCGUGCGCACUUAUCGCGCCCACCUCGAGGGGUUUUCGCCAAACACUCCGACAAGAAGAUGUGGAAUUCACAAUGCCGCUUCGUUCGGAUGGCAAAAGGAAACUGAAUGUCUCCGACGACGAAAAGCCCAAGAACUCCUCCUUUGACAGCUGCUAUGACACAAUGGACGAAGGAUGCAAACCUGAAGCCGAGAAGAGUGAUUCGGCAGAUGAAGAGGAGGACCCCGACCAGUUCUUGUCGCAGUUAGGGCUCGAGACAGAAGUGAUAAAAAAGAUUAAUAAUAAUCAGACUCGCAUGGCGCAGACAGCGGAGAGUAGCGUGGACAGUGCGGCGGAGUCGUUAGUGUUCGUGCGCGGUGUGGACGCUCAGGCGUUGUUCAACUUCCUCCUCAACUGCAAGUCCGUGGUGAGUCCCACGGGACCCUUCGCCGGAGUCCCGCCCACGCUACUGGCACCUACCGCCUUCCACGGUGGGACACUACACUCUUUGAAGGUGAGCGAGAAAACAGUUGUCGCGGACGGCAAGAAAUACUUCUCGAUAGAUCUACGGGGACCAAUACUGCCGACGACCGUCCACACGUUGUUCAAUGUACUGAAGAAAAGUUCCUCCGCAAACUUCAGUGCCACAUUCGCUCAUCACCAGCCCACUUUGGCGUUCACAUUUGCAGCCAAAAGUAUUGCUGAAGAUGAGAACGCCAAAGAAAAUGAACCAAAUCACUUUAGCAAAGCGUUUAAUAAAGAGAAUCUGUCAGAUUGUGGUAUAAGUGAAAGCAUGCUACAGCAUUUCUGCUCGCCCGACCCGGCCGUAGUGAGGCCGUUGGACAGCGUCAAGUACAACACGGACGAUGACACGUAUUCGUGGUGACAUGUAUGUAUCGUUUGUUGUGAAUGUGUUUUAUGUACAAUUUAUUGCGAUCGUGAAUCAAUGAAAUAUUUAUUACAUGUCAGUCUUUCAUUUCCUAUAAUUUUUAGCAUAGAAUUUAUAUUUACCAUAUUUUAAUGAUAAUACUAAAACAAAUUUGAUUUUGUAAACCUAAAGGCGUUGAGAAUGGAAUCUAAAAUCAACUGUGAAAAGACAUUCCGGUUUGGUUAUAUUUGGUCGUUACAAAAAAGAUUUAACCAGUCCUAAAGAAUUCCUAAUUGUUUAUGACGACAGACAACCUAGGUCUCGGUCUAGGUUCUAGACAACCUAGAGUCUAGUUCUAGGUUCUAGACCGCCAUCGAAGAACGUAUAAAUAAAAAUGACAAAAAAUAUUUAUGAAACAAACUCCGUUUUGUGACCUUGACCUACGUACGAUCACUCAGGUUUCCUACUUGCGACAGUAUAGAAAAUACAGUACACACAUACAACCGUGAAUGUAAUUAUGUUAUUCUCAAAAAUUACAAAGUAUAUGAGUAGCUUAUAAAAACGAAUGAAACAUAGAUUUUGAACCACGUGAAAAUUAGUAACAAUGGUGUACAUUUUAUUUGCAGCACUGUUAUGUAACAAAGAGGGCAUU